AUGGCUUUCAAAAAGCAUAGCCGCCAAUAUGACCUGGUUGUAUUUGGAGCUACCGGCUACACUGGCCAAUUGACAGCUGAACAUAUUGCCACAUCUCUCCCAACCGACCUGAAAUGGGCUGUGGCUGGACGCUCAGAAUCGAAGCUUCAGACACUUGUUGCCGAUUGCCAGAAACUGAACCCGGAUCGCGUGCCACCCGGCAUUGAAAUUGCAAAUCUGGACGACGAAUCUCAAUUAGAAGCUUUGGUAAAGAAGUCCUUCAUCGUCAUCACUACCGUUGGCCCCUACUGUCUCUAUGGCGAGCCCAUCUUUAGACUCUGUGCCGAGACUGGCACCCAUUACCUGGAUUGCACGGGUGAGGCUCCCUGGGUUGCUCGAAUGAUUAAGAAAUAUGAAGACACGGCAAAGAAAUCUGGAGCUAUUCUGCUUCCUCAGGCUGGUAUCGAGUCUGCGCCACCGGAUAUCGUUACAUGGGCCAUGGCACAACACCUACGGAAGGCGUUGGAUGCGCCAACCAAGGAUGCCAUUGUUACUAUUCACAAACUCAAUUCAAAGCCUUCGGGUGGUACCCUGGCAACUGUACUGGUCCACUUUGAGCACUUCCCUCUGAAAGAGGUCAUUGCAGCCACGAAACCAUUUGCAAUGUCACCAAUUCCUCAUACAUCUGGCGCGAAACCUCCAACAUCAUUGCUCCAAUCAAUCCUGGGUGUCACAUCGCUACCGAAUCUCGGCGUCGUCACUACUUCUCUCGCCGGAAAGACAGACCUUGCCGUCGUCACCAGGACAUGGGGUCUGUUGCAUGAGAUUCCGAGCAGGAAGAAGGAGUUCUAUGGGCCCAGGUUUACAUGGACCGAGUACUUUAAAGCGCGGAACUGGUUCCACGGCAUGACUGUUCAUUUUGCGCUGGCCAUCGGCAGCUUGUUGCUGGUGUUUGUCCCUCCGUUCAGGGGCCUCGUCCGGAGAUUCGUCUACCAGCCUGGAGAGGGAGUGAGCAGAGAAGACAUGGAGAAGGAGGAGGUUGAGUACCGUGGGACUGCGUCGCCCGACGUUGAGAGCAACCCCACCAAGAAGCAGGCGUUCUGUCGUGCCUGGUUCCACGGCGGUUUGUACAAGUUGACGGGCGUGUUUCUCGCCGAGGGCGCGUUGACCAUUCUUGAAGAUGACCUCGAUUUGGGGGGUGGCUCGUUCACCCCGGCUUGCUUGGGACAAGGUUAUAUUGACCGUUUGAAUGACGCUGGGUUCAAGGUUGAGGUUAGGACUGUUGAAGGCUGA